AUGUUGACUAAGAUCGACAUAGCACCAGGUCUCGAUGUGAGGCUCGGGUCCCUGGAUCCGUUCACGUCGCUGGGCUAUACGAUAGACGCCGAUACGGCUAACCUACUCCAUUACUUCCAUACGACGUGGGCUCAGACGGCUUUCCAGUCUGCUACCAAUGGCAACGAUGUGCAGAGAGUCAGACAGUCCGAGGCAUCUCAGGUGAUUCAGCAAGUGAUGGGAGAUAAGCUUGUAGCUCCUGCAUUUCUUGCUGCCAUCGGCAUGCGAGUCACUGCGCUGCAUAGUACGGUAUCCACUGCCGAACGCCACGCCGCUUCUGCACUGUGUCAGCUCCGGUCCUCACUUGACCGAGAAAGCGCCAGCAAUGAGCAAUUGCUCCUGUCAAUACUGUUUCUCGCUGCUUACGAGACCUACUGUUUCAAUUUGGAAGGCACCAGGACACAUCUUCGGGCGUUAAGGCGUUUGAAUGCCCAGAGACACUUGACAGGCUACCUCAAGGCACUGUGCCGCAAUGUCGACUUAUUCAGCGCCUCUUCAUUACUCAAGCCUCCCAUCUUUCCUAUACCCACCACAAUCCCAACACCAGUUCCUGAGCACCUGACGGUUGGUCAUGGCUUCUUGAACUACAGUGAUGUGCUCGGUCUCGGAAUGAACAGUAUAUUGCGCAGCAUCAUUUCAUGUGGCAACGUUGCCGAAGAGUUCAAGCUUCGCCAGGGAGCAGAGGAGCAUAUGCGUUUCGAUUUGCUGCAGAUCGUUGCGUGGAGCGAGUCGCUUACAUAUCAGUUGCUCGAGCAGAUGCCCGGAACUCCUGUCAAGGAGUGCUGCAUCAUUGCCUUGCUGAUGUGGCUAUCCUACCUUCCGGCAGCGAUGAUGGGCUCGAAGGACGGCAGCUCGCUUGCGCCAUCGAAAAGCUUCUUGAAGAUGAUACCAGGCCGAGGUACCGGCCUCGUCAACAGGCUCAAGGCUUCGACUCUGGACUCAUAUUUGCAUCUUUGGAUUCUGGCGGUGGGGAUCGUUUGUGCAGUUGACCAAGAUGACACACGGUACUGCGCCGUCGAAUUUGUUCAGCUGGCCUACCGUCUUGACGUGUCUGACGUCAGGCACUGCUUUCGCCAGUUUCUCUGGCUUGACAAUUUCGACCUCAUUGACUACGAUGUGAUGAUGCAGCUUCUGGACCAUGAGACGUCCCAGCAGGCGCUGCAGACGGCCGUCAGUUGGGCGGCUAAGACAAAGGGCCAGUCUUCACGAAGCGUCGAGGAGAAGCAGAGCUCGGUGAGAGUGACCAAUCGGCCAAGCAACGGGUAUCGGCUUGGAGGUUGA